CUUUUCAGACCGGAACGCGCACGGAACAGAGCAACAGCGUUCGUUCUUUUAACAACGGAUGGUUAACAUUAUUAUUUUUCUUUCUUUCUUUUUUUCAAAACGCAGCUCACCUGACUGACUGACAGUGGCGGCUUUUAAACUUGUGAACGGAUGGCAGGUGAGAGAAACUCUGCGUCAUGCUACCUGGAUGAAAGGACCUUCCGGCUUUGCUGUCAGCUUUUUCUCCAACACUCUGAGACCAUCCAGGAUGGCUGGAGCUGGGAGCAGAUCAAGGACACUGAUGAAGGCUUCAUGAAGAAGACUCUUCUCAUCCCUGUAAAAUCAAGCAUUUUGCACCAACAACUUGGGUGUUCCAUGCCGGAUGAGAGCAUGAUGACAGAUGACAUCCAGGCAAACGUUGAGGAUGAAACGGCUGGAGUUCAGGCAGUAUGUGAAAUUCACGCUGUGCUGCGCUAUGAAUACCACGUUCUGUAUUCUUGCAGCUAUCAGAUCCCCGUCCUCUAUUUCAGAGCCUCCACGUUAGAUGGGCGACCCCUGUCUCUCGAGGAGGUGUGGAGCAACGUUCAUUCGAACUAUAGACAGAGACUACGGCAUGGACCCUGGGACACGCUGACCCAACAGGAACAUCCUUUACUGGGCCAAGCGUUUUUCAUGCUUCAUCCAUGUCGCACUGAGGAGUUUAUGAAACCUGCUCUGGAUUUGGCACAAGCUGAAAACAAGAGGGUGAACUAUAUCGUGACUUGGCUCAGUGUUGUGGGACCUGUCGUCGGACUUGAUGUCCCUUUGAGCUACAGCACCGAGGUGUCCGCUCCAGACUGAAACACCUCUGCUUUGACCUGCUCUGAUCUUCCUGUCUGUCUCAGACUCCACAAACCCAGAGGAUGUGCAGAGGACAUGUUGAGGGUCUCAAAGGGGCCAAAAGGCUUCAGAAGUCUUGUUAGCAAUGCUUGAACAUUCAAGACACAAAGUCUUUAAGUUCACAAAUUCUCAAGAAUGCUCUUCGAAUGUUUGGGGACAGUAAGGUUUUUAUUCAUUGAGGGUGCAAUAAAUUGAUCAAAAUUAACAGUAAAGACAAUUAUAAUGAUACAAAAGUUUUCUACUUUAAAGGGGUCAUCGGAUGCCCAUUUUCCACAAAUUGAUAUGAUUCUUUAAGGUCUUAAUGAAAAGUCUAUAAUAUACUUUGGUUAAAAAUUCUCAAUGAUAGUGUAAAACAACACCCUUUUUACCUUGCCAAAAUCAGCUCUGCAAAAAUCAUCCUGUUCUGGUCGAGGCUGCUUUAAAUGCAAAUGAGCUCUGACUGCCCCGCCCCUCUCUUCUCUCUGUGGAGUGACGAGCCUAUUUACUUUAGCGUUUAGCCGCUAAACGUUUAGCUGCUAAACUUUCUAACUAGCACAUUAUUAGAAAGGUGAUCACAAAGAUUCAUAAAAAAAAAACCCUUAUACUCACUUCUGCUGUAAGUGAAGCUGGAUCACGAAUGAUUCAAGCAAACAUAGACGGAUAUAUAUGUAGAUCGGGAGGCGCAUUCCAUUCACAAACAAACGUAAUCCACUGUAUCUUCAGCGGCUCAGAUGUCGGGAGUAAAUGACGACCACUAGGUUCAUUAUUACAUCGAGCAACACAACAAUCGCUCAGUCGGAGAUAUUCUUGUCUAACUUACAUCCCUGCUCCAGCAUCAAAACAGUGGAGGUCGGACUCUGACAGCUGAUCUAAGGUAAGACGCUCAUGUCAAUCAACUAUCGGCCUCUGUCAGUGUGACGCCACAAAGACAGGCAUCUGAAAAUGGCUCGAUUUGAAAAAGGGUUUUUAUCAUUAUAGAGUAGAUUUGUACAUACACUGCCAACACACAUUAAUGUUCAAACAACAUGUAAAAGUGAACUUAGCAUCCGAUGACCCCUUUAAAUAAAUGCUGUUCUUUUGAACUUUCCAUUCACCAAGUAUUCCUGAAAAUUACAGUUUUUUAGAAAAAAAUAUGAAGCAGCACUAACAUUUUCAACAUUAAUAAUGACAAAUAUUUCUUGAGCAGCAAAUCAACAUAUAAGAAUGAUUUCAGAAAGAUCAUGUGAAACUGAAGACUGGAGUAAUGAUGCUGAAAAUUCAGCUUUGACUCACAGGAAUAAAUUAUAUUAUUCAAACAGAAGUCAAUUAUUUUAAACUGUAGUAAUAUGCCACAAUAUUACAGUUUUUACUGUGUUUUUAAUCAAAUAAAUGCACCCUUGGUGAGCAGAAGAGACUUGUUUCAAAAACAUUCAUAAAUCUUACUGUUUUGAAUCUGGUAGUGUAUGCAAAAUUAAAGGUACUGUAAUUAUUUUUUUGGAUUACCAACCAUAAAAUGUCCAUAUUAUCUGACAGAUAUCACUGAAAUGCUCUGGGAACAAUCUGUUAGCAUUCCCAUUUAUCCCAUUUGUUUUUCAGAUGAUGCAUGCAAAAUGCAUUGCUGUAAUCGUUGUUGGUAAAUUAUUUGAAUUCAGGGAUUUGUUCAUAACAUGUACAGUAUGUGAUCAAAAUUAAAAAGGCAAACAAUA